AUGUGUACAGGAAAUAAAGCAAUAGCAGAUACAUACAACAUACACAUGCACACGCAGACAACAAACACAUACAAACACACACACACAGAUACAUACACACACACACACACACACACACACAUACACGAACACACAAUGAAACGACCGACUACCUGGUAA